GCCCCUCAGUCGAGGUGCUCUCACGCCGCGUGCACUGACACUAGCUUUAUCUGGAGAGGUGAAGAGCUUUUUCCAAACUUUCCUGGACUUUGAAUCCUGACUUUAUUGCAUGAAAAACACACAUAAUCCCUGCAUCUAAUUUCCCUCUCAGUGGUAAAGAACAUGGCACACAACGAUUGUUGCAUUGACAAAGAUACAUGGGAGUCUCACAACAGGAUGCUGCAGGAGCCUCUCGGCACCAACGAUCCUGAGGUAUUUGAUAUCAUUAAGAAGGAGAAAAAGAGACAGACGAACGGUUUAGAGCUCAUCGCAUCUGAGAACUUCACAAGUCGUGCUGUUUUGGAGGCGUUGGGCUCGUGCAUGAACAACAAAUAUUCAGAAGGAUAUCCUGGCCAGAGAUACUAUGGUGGCACGGAGCAUGUGGAUGAACUGGAGCGUCUCUGUCAGCAACGAGCGUUGAAGGUUUAUGGUCUUGACCCGGAGAAAUGGGGUGUAAAUGUGCAGCCUUAUUCCGGGUCACCUGCCAACUUUGCAGUGUACACAGCAGUCGUGGAGCCUCAUGGAAGGAUCAUGGGUCUGGAUCUCCCUGACGGUGGACACUUGACCCAUGGAUUUAUGACGGACAAGAAAAAAAUUUCCGCCACCUCCAUUUUCUUUGAGUCUAUGCCGUACAAGGUAAACCAGGAGACUGGUUACAUUGAUUACGACCGACUACAGGAAAAUGCUCGUCUGUUCCACCCAAAAUUGAUCAUUGCAGGUACCAGUUGCUACUCGCGUAACCUGGAUUAUAGUCGCCUGCGGACGAUUGCAGACGAGAAUGGGGCGUACCUGCUGGCUGACAUGGCUCACAUUAGUGGACUUGUUGCAGCUGGAGUGAUUCCAUCUCCCUUUGAUUACUGCGAUAUUGUUUCCACAACUACCCAUAAGACCCUGAGAGGCUGCAGAUCUGGAAUCAUCUUUUACAGGAAAGGUGUGCGCAGUGUGGAUGCAAAAACAGGGAAGGAAAGUCUUUACAACUUGGAGAGUUUGAUCAAUCAGGCUGUGUUUCCUGGCCUGCAAGGAGGACCUCAUAACCAUGCCAUUGCAGGAGUGGCUGUAGCACUGAAGCAGGCAAUGACUCCAGAGUUCAAGGUCUACCAGUUACAAGUGCUGGCAAAUUGCAAGGCUUUGUCAGUGGCUCUGGUUGAAAAGGGCUACAGAAUUGUCACCGGUGGUUCUGAUACUCAUCUAAUCUUGCUUGACCUCCGUCCAAACGGAACUGAUGGUGGAAGGGCAGAGAAGGUGCUGGAGGCCUGUGCUAUUGCUUGUAACAAGAAUACCUGCCCAGGUGAUAAGAGUGCCUUGCGCCCAAGCGGUCUCCGUUUAGGCUCUCCUGCUCUCACGUCACGAGGGCUAGUGGAGGAGGAUUUCCGCAUGGUUGCAGAAUACAUUCACAGAUGCAUUCAGUUAACUAUGGAGAUCCAGACAAACAUGAACCCCAAAGCCACUUUGAAGGAGUUCAAGGAAACAUUGGCUCAGGAUGAGAAAUAUCAAAAGAGAAUUACGGAAAUCCGAGAGGAGGUCGAGGCUUUCGCUGGAAAAUUCCCCAUGCCUGGACUGCCUGAGCUAUGAGUCUAAUCCUGAUUCUCUGUUUGUGACCUGAGCUUUAACUGCUAAAGUAUAUCAGACCUAUGAAUUCUACCACACAGUUUGUAGUGUGAAUAGAUUUGCUUGGGCAUUGAUAUGUCUGCUGACCAAAAUUAAAAGAAAAACCCCAAAAACAGGGACUUGUAUGUGACUCGGGUGAUUAAAUAAAAGCAAAGUUAAGAGGAAUUUGUCUUAGUGUUUUAUCUAAGGCAC